AUGAAAGGCCGGUUCGAAGGCUUCAAUUUAACAUUGAGACCAACUUUAGUCUCGUCGACAGGGGGCCAAAUGGGUGGUCAGCCCGUGGAGCAGGAGUUGGCCACUAAGAUGCUGCAGAUCCAGCACAAGAGGUUCUACUUGGAUGUGAAACAGAACAGAAGGGGGCGUUUCAUUAAAGUGGCUGAGGUCGGCGCCGCCGGAAGGAAAAGUCGAUUACUGUUAGCGAUGUCUACGGCCGCAGAAUUUAGAGACCAUUUAACCGCUUUUAGUGAAUUAUACGCCUCUUUGGAAGAAAAGGGUCCGCCCAAUCCAGACAACCUUCCAGAAGAUGGAAAACUCAAGUCUGAAGUGAUGGUCAAAGAUAACCGAAGAUAUUAUUUGGACCUCAAAGAGAACAAUAGGGGAAGAUUUCUUCGCGUUAGUACUCCUCUGUCACGUGUGUCGCAAACCAUCUCAAGAGGAGGUCCGCGAUCGCAGAUUGCGAUACCCGCGCAGGGGAUGAUUGAGUUCAGGGAUGCGUUGACGGACUUAUUAGAAGAAUUUGGAACCGAUGAUGGAGGUCGGGACGAAACUACCGGUUCAAGCUUCAAAGGAGAGCUACCGGAAGGCAGACACAUGAGAGUCGAGAACAAGAAGUUCUUCUUCGACAUCGGACAGAACAACUUAGGCAUAUAUAUGCGCAUCUCUGAGGUGAAGAGUAACUUCCGGUCGUCGAUAACCAUUCCAGAGAAGUCUUGGUCUAAGUUUAGAGACGUGUUCUCCGACUACGUCGACAAAAUGUCUGAAGUGAUUGACAAACCUUCGGGUGCGACGAAUAGUGGUUCGCAAAGUGGUGGCGACACGUCGGCUGCCACUCAGUCCAAUACCGGAGCCGGUGGUGGGGGAGUUAUUAAGAAUGAUAAGAAAUACCGGUUAUUAUUACAUAAGAUGACAAAAAAAUCGGUCGCAAUGUUUGUGAUGAGGAAAGACAGUGAUCUCUAG